UUAACAAAACCUUAGCUUUAGCACAUACAGUAUUACAAUGCUUAUUCAAAUACACGCCAGCGGUUAAAUGCAUACAGUCUGACAGUGAGUGACAUUCAUUCGGGUAAUGUGACGAGGGACAACACAGACAGAAGAGUUUACGUUUUUAAAAUGACAGGCAGGAAGCAUACAACAAGCAGAAGCACGUGUAAUCAUGUCAAAGUGUUUAGGCUUCUAAAAGUGACGGGCCUGAGCUUCUUGUUAAUCUUCCUGUUUCUGUUGGUAACGGCACUCGUGAGGACCCUCACCUUUGAUACCAAAGCGGGCCUCCAGCUUGCUUUGUGGGAAAAACGGGAGCAGAUUCCUCCGCACAUCAGCCAGCUGGAGAGACAGCAGCUAAUUGCCAGAUUCAAAGAUGCGAUAAGAAUCCCCACAGUGUCUUUCUCGCAAACUCAUCUUAACACCACAGCGCUGGAGGAGUUCAGACGCUUUCAGCUCAAAGCCUUUCCUACAGUCUUCUCCUCCACCCUUGUGAAGCACGAGGUGGUUGCGAACUACAGCCACCUGUUCACGGUGCCAGGCUCGGAGCCGUCUCUGCAGCCCUACAUGCUGCUCGCCCACAUUGAUGUGGUCCCUGCCAGCCAGGAGGGCUGGGACGCCCCUCCCUUCUCCGCCCAGGAGAUCGACGGCUUCAUCUACGGGCGAGGGACCAUCGACAACAAGCAGUCCCUCAUGGGAAUCCUCCAGGCUUUGGAGUAUUUGUUAGAGAGAGGCUACAGACCCCGACGCACGUUCUACAUUGGGUUUGGACACGAUGAAGAGGUGUACGGACUUCAAGGCGCGAUGAAUAUCGUUGCCCUCCUGAAGUCGAGGGCAGUGAAGCUGUCCUUCCUACUGGACGAGGGCUUGGCCGUGCUGGACGGGAUCAUAAACGGUUUGCAAGGACCAGCAGCACUCAUAGGUACAAGUGAGAAGGGGCAAGGCACCGUGAAGCUGAGUGUCGCCACGGGAACCGGGCACUCCUCCAUGCCUCCGAGUGAGACGAGCAUCGGCAUCCUGGCAGCAGCAGUGUCCAGGCUGGAAAAGAACCCCAUGCCCAGACUGUUUGGAUUAGGACCAGAGCUGGGUACCUUUGAGCACCUGGCUUCCAAGUUCAGCUUACCUGUACGGUUCAUUAUGACCAAUCUUUGGCUCUUUUCCCCUGUGGUAAGCAGGGUUCUUGAAAGAAAACCCGAGUCCAACGCUUUCGUCCGGACCACCACUGCAGUUACCAUGUUCAACGCUGGAAUAAAGGUAAACGUUAUCCCACCGUAUGCAGAAGCAAUUGUGAAUUUCCGGAUCCAUUCUGCACAGUCCCUGGAAGAGGUUCUGCAGAUCGUCAGAGACACGGUGGCUGACGAGCGUGUGAAGGUGGAUCUCAUCAGUGGAUUCGACCCUCUCCCCGUCAGCUCCCACAGUGAAACAUCCUUUGGGUAUCAGGUCAUUAAGAAAACAGUGCUGGAGCUGUUCCCUCAGGUCUCUGUAGCACCAGGUAUCUGCGUGGGGAACACCGAUAGCAGACACUUUGUCGACCUGACCAAGGAGAUUUACAGGUUCGCUCCGACCUGGUUCAAACCAGGAGACAUGCGCAGGUUCCACGGAAUCAACGAAAGGAUUUCUGUAAAGAACUACGAAGAGAUUGUGAUGUUCUAUUUCCGGCUGUUCCAGAACUGCGAUAUCGGGAAGCUUCCAGAACCCGAUGGCAGUGUUCACGAACUGUAGGACGGUGAUUUGACGUGAUUUUUGACGUGUCUGUACUGUACCCAGACUGGCAACAUGUGUAAUGAUAACAAUGCUGUUGCCAUAAUGAAAAGUGAUUCAUGAAUCAUUAAACUAAUCAAGACUGGGCAUGGUGUCUAUUUUAUUGAUUUAAAUAGUAGCAGAUAGUAGCUUAAUCUAAAUGUUGUCAGUUUCUUGGGAAACGCCUGACCUGCUUGCUUCCAGAAAGGGUUGUUCUAUUUACAAGACAAAAAACACACAUGGUAAUGUUACAACAGUCUGGCCUCCCUGUUUUUAUUUGAGAAGGCAUUCAUGAUUUAUUUAAAGCAGUCUAGACACUAUGAGCUGCACGGGUUUGAUUGCUGGAAAUGCUCCUGCUUUCUGACUACUUUCAUUGAGACCCACGAGUUCCCAGUUACUAUGCAGAUCUCUGGCAAUCUCUGUGCAUGUUAUACAGCACCUCUUCAGAACCUCUCGCUGGAUUGUGAUGAAACCAGAUGUACACAUUCUAGAACCUUUUGAGGUUUGUAGAAUCUAGCUCAUGUGACAUUUUUCUAAUCUGGCUUGUGAUGGGUUACUGUGAUGUCUAUAUCUUGGAAACCAUUUGUGCUUGAUCAGAUGGACAUAAUUCAAAACAUUUUCAGGUUAGAUUUCACUUGAUUUAAGAGCUGCAACACUAAUCAGGUAGCACUGGACACUACUAAAAUCUAGCAGCCAAAUUCAUUGUUAUUGGUAAGACUUUAAUUUAAAUACAGGCAGCUAGAGCAAUAUUGAAGCUCUGAUUGUUAAAAGAAAAUGAAGAUGCAUUUGAUGUGAAAAUAAAAGGACAAAUCCAAGCUAUCUGUGGUCUUUCCUGUGAUC